AAAAAAAAAACAGAGCGAAGAAGAAGAUUUUACAGUAACAAGCCUUUACAGGCAGCUUCUUAUUUCUCUGUAGUUUUGAGUCUCUUCUGAGGGUUUCUUCUCCUGCACCCUCGUGUUUAAAACAUCCAUGGAGGCUCGGGGACCCCGGAUACUCCUGGUGGGGCUGGAGGGAAGCGAGACGCGGAGAGACCACCUCCUGAGGCGUUAGAGAAGACUAGCCUGUGCUUUACGUGUCGUUAUAAUGAUAGUCAGCAGAGAGGCUAGCUAACGUCUGUCUGGCUCAUGUUCAGGGCUGUCUGUUUACAUGCUGAAUAUCUAUUAAUCUCAUUGAACGACUUCAUUGAGCAUCUUGUUAUUUUGGGUUGCUUGGCUUGAUUUGUCGGUCACCAGCAUUACGUUGUUGUGCCACAUGAAGUAAAGCUCCUGUGCUGGAUUAGCAGGCUAAUCUGUUAGGUGUAUCAGAGGAUGGUUGAUCUGGUUGUUUGAUGGGGAUUUUAAGGACCAUGAUGCCGCCGAAGAUCCAGCUUUUGGCUGUUUUGGCGUUUGGAGUGUCGAUGCUCUUUAUUGAAAACCAGAUCCAGAAACUGGAGGAGUCCAGAGCCAGACUCGAGCGCACCAUUGCCAGACACGAGGUAGCUGAAGUAGAGCAGCGUCACAGUGAGGAUACUGGCCGUGAACCGUCCCAGCUAACAGAAAAAGACGACAUGGUCAUCAUCUACAACAGAGUCCCUAAGACGGCCAGCACCUCCUUCACCAACAUCGCCUACGACCUGUGUGGGAAGAACCGCUUCCACGUCCUGCACAUCAACACAACCAAAAACAAUCCCGUCAUGUCUCUACAGGACCAGGUGCGCUUUGUCCGGAACGUCACCUCAUGGAGAGAGAUGAAGCCUGGCUUCUACCACGGACACGUAGCUUAUCUGGACUUUUCAAAAUAUAGUGCAAAGAGUAAGCCGAUGUACAUAAACGUGGUGCGGGACCCCAUCGAGCGCCUGGUGUCAUACUACUACUUCUUACGUUUCGGAGACGACUACAGACCCGGCCUACGACGAAGAAAACAAGGAGACAAGAAGACCUUCGAUGAGUGUGUGUCAUCAGGAGGGUCCGACUGCGCUCCUGAGAAACUCUGGCUGCAGAUCCCGUUCUUCUGUGGACACCAUUCAGAGUGCUGGAAUGUCGGCAGUAGAUGGGCCCUGGAGCAGGCCAAGUACAACCUGGUGAACGAAUACCUGCUGGUUGGACUCACUGAGGAGCUGGAGGACUUCAUCAUGAUCCUGGAGGCGGCUCUGCCACGCUUCUUCAAGGGAGCCACAGAUCUCUACAGAACAGGAAAGAAGUCCCAUCUGCGCAAGACCACCGAAAAGAAGCCCCCAACCAAAGAGACAAUAACCAAGCUGCAGCAGUCCAACAUCUGGAAGAUUGAAAAUGAGUUUUAUGAGUUUGCACUCGAACAGUUUCAGUUUGUGCGGGCUCACGCCGUCAGGGAAAAGGAUGGGGAACUUUUUGUCCUGGCCCAGAGCUUCUUCUAUGAAAAGAUUUACCCAAAAGUGAACUGAAAGUGCAGCUGGAGGACUGAGAGUGACUGCACAGGGACUUACUCAAAGUCAUUUACACUGGGAGGAAAACACACAGAAACUCAUCAAGUGAUGCUGGUGGAUGAUUUUUCUGGGAUUCAGAUUUCGAGCUUGUUACAGUACAGAAAAUCCCUUUCAGACUGUACGGUGGAAUUUUUAUGAGGAAUGUGUCCAUUUUUUUUUUUCUUGCUGGUGCAGCUGUUGAGAAGACUUAACAAGGAUAAACUGUCAAUCUAAAUGCUGAGGAGCGAUCUAAGCCCACAGAGGGUGAAAUAGCUUCUGAAUGUGUCUAAAGGCCCAAACAGAAGCAGCCUUUAAUUUAUCAUCUUCUGUCUUUGAUUUCGGGUAUGGACCUUUCAAAAUAAAAGUAUGAAACUUCAUGAAGCUUCUCAAGUUUAAAACCAUA